AUGAACGACAGACGGAUUCCAGACAAACAUCUACUGAAACAGACACUUGAUAAUUACAGAUUAUCUAUAGAACAGAUUAAAUUGAAUAUUAAAACUAUAGAAAAAUCUCAGAAAAAUUUAACGGAACAUUUACAAGAUACAUUAAUUGAAUGGUUAGAAUAUUUUAGUAAUAAUACAUCGGAUCAUUUAAAACCAACAGAAUUGUGUAUGGUAUUAUCAAAAGUAUUUGAAUUAUACUGUAAUUCAUUUAUAUGUACAUUGUGGAAUUAUUCAUCAUUAUUACAUAAAACACGAUUUGGUUUUCCAUCAAUUAUUACUGAUAUUGAAGAAAAAUUUAAAAUAAAACAGUUACGUAUUGAUUCUAUUUAUAGUGAUGAAAUAAAAGGACAAGGUGAUAUUUUAUUACAAGAUAAUAAUACAUUUAAAACAUAUUGUGUUGUACCAUGUAGAAAGAAUAAUGAAAAUGUUGAUAAUGAAAUUCUAUUAAAAUUAGUUGGUAAUAUGGUCUAUGAAAAUUGUCGACAUGGUCUACUAAUGUCAUGUCAGAAACAUGAUUUUUUUAAUCAAACAAAAGACUUAAUUCGAUAUUUAAAAGAUAAGAGACAAUAUUCUAUAGAAUAUAUAUUUUAUCCUGAAUUUAAAGAAUUAAUUAGAAAUUUUACAACAGAAAUAUGUUUAUUUAUGCUUAAUGAUUUUAGUGAAUUAUUGAAUAAAUGUCAAAUUAAAAAACAGUUACAAAAUGCGAUUGAUGGUUGUGAAGUCAUGGAUAAAAAAUUGAAAAUUGAUACCGACGAAUUAAAUAUUUUUAUGAAAAAUUAUUUACAAUCAGUGAAAAAUUGA